AAAAAUACUUAAAAAUUAAAACUCAACCCAUUAUUGGCAAUGUUAAAACUCAAAACAUCACAAUAAACUAAUAAAUAGGCACCUAAACCUGAAGUAAAACUUAUUAUCUAUUUCCUAGCCUUCUAAAAUUGUGAAGAAAGAUGACCCAAAACCUUCUAUUGAUCUUGAAGAUGAUUAAGAUGAAACUAAUCUCGUUGACAUUAAAAAACCAGAAAAAAAGUACUAUUAUACAUUUCAUUAAUAGAUAAAUACCCAUUUAAUAAACAUCUAAUGAAGGUUGGUAACCAUCAGAUGAACCUAAGGAUCUUCCAACUGAUGGAAUCGGCAAAAAGCCUAAUGCUCCACUUAAAAAACUUGAUGAACCUAUCAUUGAAAUUCGUAACGAAGAAUUUCCUGAUAUUGCUGCUGCUGCUGAAAAAUAAACUAAAAAACAAAAAAAUUUAAAAGUUGAACCCAUAUUAGAAUAAAAACCAUAGUCUAAUACCAACAAUACAGGAUUAUUCAUUAAUUCUAAUUCUAAACAAUCAAACUAAACAAUCUCCAACGUUUAAACUAAAAAUCCAACAUUAAAUAAUAAUUCUGGACCUCUAACAUUUGUCAAUACUAAAAAAUAAGAAAACACUGUCUUAUUCUAAUAACAAUAAUAAGAAUAAGUUAAAAAAAUAUAACAAGAAACAUAAAUCUAGUCUUAACCACAAAAUUAAGAAUCAUUAAAACCUAAUCCACCAUAAAGAUAAGUCACUAUUUCUAGAAAUUCUAAUGUUGUGGCUUCAUAACCAGUUCCAGAAUAAUAAAAAUAAUUGAAAGUUGAGGAAUCUAUUCCUCUCUUCAUCAAUUCUAAAGCUAAAGUAUUUAUUUAUUUUUAUUCUAGGGAAUUCCCCCUGUUGUCCAAUAAACAUAAUAAUAAUAAUAAUAAUAAUAAUAAUAAUAAUAAUAAUAAUAAUAACAAGAAUAACAAUCAUAAUCAGAAUAAUAACCACAAUAAAAUGAAGACGAAGAUAGCGAUGGUUGGGAAGUUGUUGAAAAGAAAGGUAAAUCCAAAGGAGCAUUUUAAAGAAAUCAAAAAAAGAACUGAUGAACAGUUUAUGUUAAUACAUCAAAAAUUUUACAAUUAUGAUUUAAAUAUAUUCCCUAUACUGAUUCAUUGUCUUUCCAAUCAUCUUUUGUUUUUAAUUCAUAACUAAAAAAAAUUUUAUUCAAAUCAACCAAAAAUCAAACCCACCCCAAAAUAUUAUAACGAACUUCAAAAUUUUAAUCUAAUCCAACCC